AUGACAAGAAUAACAGCAAAAGAAACUGUAGAAAGACUAGACAGAAUAUUCAGCCGCCUUGGAUAUCCACAAUCAAUUACAUUGGACAACGCGAAGCAGUUCGUGGGCAUAGAAUUGGAUGAAUACAGCAAAAUAAAAGGAAUUAUUCUCAGGCAUUCAACCCCCUAUUGGCCGCAAGAGAACGGAUUAGUAGAGCGCCAAAACCGGUCCCUGCUGAAACGCCUUCAGAUCAGCAACGCACUCGGCAGAAACUGGCGGCAGGAUCUUCGCGACUACUUGCUGAUGUACUAUACUACACCUCAUUCAAUCACCGGUAAAACCCCCACUGAAUUACUAUACGGUAGAACGAUUCGAUCUAAAAUACCUGCACUGGAAGACAUCGAAAACACACCAGUUGAUGAGGAUGUACGUGACAGAGACAAGUUACUGAAGGAGAAAGGAAAGCUGGCAGAAGACCUCAGACGUCGUGCUAGAAAAUCGUCAUUGUCCGAGGGAGAUACUGUUCUUAUGCAGAACCUUUUGCCAGGAAACAAAUUAUCAACGACAUUCAACCCAAAAGAGUAUACUGUUGUUCACCGCUCAGGACCACGUGUAACCAUCGAGGAUCAAGCUACAGGCAAAUCGUAUGACCGGAACGUUGCACAUCUCAAAAAGGUGUCUGAGCCUGCAGCACAGACUGUUCCAAGUGAAGGAUUCAGCUUUAAUGAAGUUAACCAGCCGCCGGUGCCUACCAAUGACACCGAUGACGAAUUCUACGGAUUUGACCUUGGAACAGAUUACAGCGCGGGGUCUAAAUCGGAUCCAUCAAAACGUCAGCGACGUGUAAUCAAGAAGCCAUCUAGAUAUGCAGAUUAG